GUAAAGCAGGAUAUGUCUGCAUGAACCCCGCAUGCUAGAGAGAGUGUAUUAUGCUGUGAAAUCACAAUUUAUUGCAGUCAGUGUGCAGCGUGGACCCAUUCAAAAUGACCUGGGAGAAGACUGAGUUCACUGGUAUCUCAGUUUAGCAGAGGCAGGAAAGUGACAUGCAGCAAAGAGUAGAAGCUGUAGAAGUAGAAGUAGAAACUGAAACUCAGAAAAAGAGGAGGGCAGUUGAGAGAGAGAGUCAAAGGGGUGGAGGAAAAAGAGAUGUCAAGGAAUGAUAGAUGAACAGACCAGAAAGCAGCAAAGGAGGGAAAGACACAGACAGGGAAAAAGAGAAGAGAAGGUUAGGAACAAAAAGAGCCCAUUGGAAAACUUGCAAUCAUGUUGCUGUGGGUUAUAGCCAUUGUGCUCCUAACUACCCAAGAAUCAGGGUCUCAGAUAGUGGACUGCUACAGAGAUUUUGAUGUGCAGUCGGGAAGCUGCGGACAUCGCCUCGGGCGCAUAGAACUAGACGACUGCUGCCUGAACCCUCACUAUGGUUUCAAAGAUUCUGACGGAGACUGUGACUCCUGCCGUCCUGCCUCGUGGUCCGAGUGGACGGCCUGGGGCCCCUGCACCGUGUCCUGCCUGGAGGGGGUGAGACAGAGGAGGCGCUUCUGCUACGGGAUAGGGUCCUGCAACGACACUCAGGGGCUGGGGGACCUGCAGACAAAGGCCUGCGUGGAGCAGGACUGCUGCCCUGUGCAGGGAGGCUGGGGGGAGUGGGGGCCGUGGCAGGAAUGCUCUGUAACCUGUGGGACAGGGCAGAAGAUCAGAGAGAGACACUGCUCUAUGCCACCCCCUUCAUGUGGAGGCACCUGUGACGGUCCAAGCAGGGAGGUUUCUGUCUGCGACACCGGCAGGGUCUGUCCAGUCCAUGGUGGUUGGUCACCGUGGGUUCCUUGGGGGCCAUGUUCCGCCAGUUGUACAGAAGAAGGUCACGAGUUGCCUGUUCGAAGGCGUUUCCGUUCCUGUGACAACCCCCGACCCUCCUCUGACCCACCCGGUGACCCCUGCCCUGGUUUGAAUAGUGAGCGGGACUCCUGCAGCUUCCUGCCUUUCUGCCCCGUGCCUGGGGGCUGGGGGCAGUGGAGCAGCUUCUCGGAGUGCUCGGCGACCUGUGGCGUUGGGGAGAAGGUGAGGACGCGGCAGUGUGACAGUCCGGCUCCUCGGCACGGGGGUCUGUACUGCUCCGGGGAGGCCACAUCCACUCAGCUCUGCAACACACGGAUCCACUGUCCAGUGGACGGUCAGUGGUCGGACUGGUCGGAGUGGGACAGGUGUUCGAGAGUUGGUAAGAACAUCAACUGCAAAACUUACUCGGCUGGCACCCAGAGAAGGGAGAGGACGUGCCUACACAAAGAUUUUGGAGGGGACAUCUGCCCUGGGUCCUUUAUAGAAACAAGGAUUUGCUACGACAUUGAGAGGUGCAAGAUGUUUGGCAACUAUAGCGAGUGGAGUGAGUGGGGACUCUGCAAGCCAAGCUGUGGACCUAAUGCUGCAAGGGCCAGAACCCGGGAGUGUAUCCUGGAUGUGUCUGCGUACAGACUGGAGGUGGGGCCAAAGCGUGAGAAAGCCCAUUUUGCAGGCAAACCGUGGAGGUUCUGUCGACCACCGAACAUAGAGAAAGAGCAGACCAUUCCCUGUCAAAAUGUUCCCAGCUGCCAGGAACCGUAGUCGCAGCCCCCAAGGGAGAAAACUGGGCACCUCCAUGCCUCCACGAUGAUGCAGUUCAAAAGUAGCCAGUUGAGUUUCAGCUCACCUUUACUUCAAGAUAGCUUACCCUUUCCCCAAGCAAUUUGCCAGUCCUGCUUUUUGACAUUACAGUACGUUGACAGUCCUUUGAAAAGACCAAUAAAAAUGUUCAAAUACUAGUACACAAAAAACAUAAUUAAUUUUAGGCCUGUGUUCAUCAUACAUAUAUGUAUCAACCAUUUAUAUAAUAGGUCCAUCAGCAUGCUAUAUCACGAUUUCCUGAUUUUUCAUGACUUCUCUAAAGUAAAGCAUUCCUCUGUCCUCUACUUUUUGACAAUCUUGUACUUUCAUUUGUAUAUUCAUUGUUUGUGUUUUGUGUUGUAUUCAUGCUGUACAGCUCCAGGGAAAUGGUUUUAUUUAAUUUUCUAAAAAUGUCUAAAUUUAUGUCCAAAAAAUUAAAAGGUAAAUGUAGGAGCACACAUUAUGACAGUUAUUUAACAGGGAUGUGGCUGGAGAAAAAUGUAAAAAUAUGUAGUUAGAAAUUGACGUAGAUCUCAAUUUGUGAAUGGAAUGUAAAUGGAAAUGUAUUAGUUGGAGGUUAUAUGCCAGUUUAUCAGCUACCACAUUAGUGAAACU